UUCCCUCCAUUUUGUUGGCCUUCUUCCUCUGCACGGAACGCACUAAAACCCUAGUGAUCGCCGAGAGAGUGAGAGAGUGAGAGAGAGAGAGAGAGAGGAGAAAUUUGUUAGCACAUUACUCUUCUUGGAUUACGUCGCUAUCCACUAAUUCAUCGAACUAGGUAUUGCUCCUGUUCCCUGCAUCGUGGGCUUGGAUUGUAGGAUAAGAAUGCUCCGAGAACGAGGCAGUGCUGGGAAGUCGAGCAGCCCGAAGAAGAUCUUUACUGGCGUCCGCUUCGUUCUUUUCGGAUUUGAUUCCGUUUCCGAGGGCCAGUACCGGUCUGAGCUUGUGGAUCGAGGUGGAGUUGAUGUUGGCUCUUAUGAUUCCAGUUGCACCCAUGUGGUUGUAUCUGGCCGUGUUUUUGAUGAGCCCAUUUGUGUAGCAGCAAGGAACGAUGGAAAAAUACUGGUUACAGAAUUGUGGAUUGAUGACAGUUUGGGAUUUGGGAUGCUUGCAGAUUCCACAAAGGUUUUGUAUAGGCCUGUUAGAGAUUUGAAUGGGAUUCCUGGCAGCGAGUCAUUGCACAUUUGUUUGACAGGAUAUCAGAGACAAGAGCGUGAUGAUAUCAUGAGAAUGGUUUCUUUGAUGGGAGGACGUUUCUCAAAGCCUUUGAUAGCAAACCAAGUUACUCAUCUCAUUUGCUAUAAGUUUGAAGGUGAAAAAUAUGAACUUGCCAGAAAAGUUAAUAUAAAGCUUGUCAAUCAUCUUUGGCUGGAGGAUUGCCUGAAUGCUUGGGAGAUCCUGCCAGUUGAUAGCUAUAACAAAAGUGGCUGGGAGUUAGAGAUGCUUGAGGCUGAGGCUAUGGAUUCUGAAGAAGAAGCUGAGGAUGCCGGCAGAAAGGGUGCUGAGCAGAGAAGUAUUGCAGAAUCUCAUAGUGUACUAGGUGAAAUGCCAGUUACGGUCAGCUCUGGUUCUUUGGUGGACGCUAGAAACCAUGUUCCGAAGAAAAAUAUUUCAAAUGCAAAGUCAUCUGAUUUUUCUGUUAAUAAUCAGUUGAUUUCUGCGCUACACAAAGAGAACUGUUCUGGAAAAGCUGCUGAUAUUUGUGAUGUCAAGAGCAAUGUACUUGAAGUAAAUCCUAGCUUUGCUGAACAACUUCCAGGUAAUCAUGUUAUGGGUAUCAUCAAUAGCAAACAACCAAAUACGCCAGAUCUUGUAAGCAUGAAGUGGAAUGGUUUAAACUCCAAUGUAAGGAACGGUCUGGUGGGCAUGACUUCCUGUGAAGAGGACUUGAAAUUGGGCUCUCCAUACCACUCUAGAAAAAACGCUGAUAAAGUUGUUUUACCAAAUGAACAGUUUAAUAACAUGCCCACUCCGUAUAAAGGAAAACCCAAAGAAGGAAAUAAAGAAGAUGCUAACAUUAGUUCUGCAGAAUCGAAGGAAGAGGCUGCCAAGAAGUGCACAUAUGAUAAUUUUUAUAGUUCGAUGGCUGGUUUAAAUAAGUCACAUGUGGAAGGUCAAACAAAUGGCUUGCCCAAGAAACGCAAACUUUUGGUUUCAAAGACAAGCUCAAAAUCAACAAUGUCAGAUGAGGAUUCAAGAACCUCUGACUUACUGGAUGCACCAAAAAGUAUUAAUCCUGCAGAACUUGAUUUCCUAAAGCCUCAUCAACGAGAACUAGAAAAUACACUUGCCCAUAAUGAAACAAGUACAAGCAGAUGCCACAAUGUAGAAGACAAUGAUGCAUUUCAUCAAUCGGACAGGAUCUCUGUUUCAAGUUCCUGCCUUAAGUCUCCAGAGUUGGCACAGCACGAUUCAGGUACUUGUAUCAUACGGAGUCCUUCGACACGUAUGAGGCCUAGACAAAUUGAAUCGAUGAAUGUACCGCACCAUGAAAUUGAUCAUGGUCUUACUCAUACAGAUGGUUUUGAAGGCACAUUGUUUUUGCAACCCGGGGAAUAUCAGCAUGUUUCAUUGUCAAAAUCCAGUUCCAUAACAUGCAAGAGGAAGUUUCUUAAACAUUGGCAGUCAGCUUCGGUAGCUAAUACAUCCAGUAAUUCCAGUUCAAUAUCGGAUAAGAAGGAUAAACUCUUGAGUGUUCCCUCUAAGCCAGCAUUGGAUGGGACAGUAUGUACAACAGAUGAACCUCUAUCUGGGGUUGGAACUAUCUAUGGCAUUACUUCUCCUAAAGCUACGAUUCUUUCAGAUUGUUCGCUAAAUAAUAAGACUGGGCAGGCUAAGGAUAGAAGCAUGGAAAAAGAUCCCAGUUUCCUCAGGUCACCAUUGACUGGUGAUACUGGAAAUGCAAAUGAAGUUCCUAUUAGCCUGAGAGUGCUUGAAGCACCAUUGAAAAACAUGAGAAAAUCUGAAGCAGAUGUUAAAUCUCCAAAUCUUGGCGGUGUUUCAAUGAAAGGCGAGACUGAUAUUCACAAUAAAGUACCAGAACAACAUGAAAGACCAGGUGAGUACCAAGAGGCUUUUCCUUCUCAAUUGAAGGAUGCAAAGGUAAAAGAUUCUGUCAGAACUGAGAUUACUGGAUCUCGCAAAAAUGGCAAGGUGCUUGUUAGUCGCAAUAUGGGCUGCAAGCCUAAGCCAAGCAGAGAAAAUUGUAAAACAAAAAGUUCUAGUGAUUCACUCAGUGGCAUUAAAUCAAACAAGACGCUCAUUAAAUCAGGAAAUGGCAUUUUGGAAUUGGGAGAUGCAGACGAUCUUAAUGAAAAGGUUGAGAAGGAAGGUUUGCCUAUGAAGGAGAAGGGAAAAUUGGAGCAAAGUUCUCCACCUGGAAGCAAAUCUAAUGUUAUUACACUGGAUACAAAUCACCUUGAUCCAGGAAAGGAGAACGAGUUGAAGGAUCGUUGUAAUUUUUUUGUCAAAGAAGAUGAUGAUUAUGAUCGAAAGCCGAAAAAAAAAUUCAAAUCAAACCUUAGUGCUAAACGUUCAAGUGGAGAUAGUUCAUUGCCAAAACCAAGCUGUUUGAAUGCAGUGAUUGCUAAGACUAUGUGGUUUAUAUUAAGUGGCCAUCAGACUCAGAGAAAAGAGUUCAAAAAAAUAAUAAAUCGCCUCAGAGGAAGGAUAUGCAAGGAUUCUCAUAGUUGGGCAUAUGAAGCUACACAUUUUAUUGUACCAGAUUAUGUUCGGAGAACUCAAAAAUUCUUUGCCGCUGCCGCAGCAGGAAGAUGGAUUCUCAAGUCGGAUUACUUGACUGCUUGUGGCGAAGCUGGCGCAUUUCUAAACGAAGAACCUUUUGAAUGGCACAAAAAAGGCCUUACUGAAGAUGGCGCAAUCAGCUUAGAAGCUCCACGAAAGUGGCGCACGUUGAGAGAAAGGACUGGCCAUGGUGCUUUCCAUGGCAUGCGCAUUAUCAUAUACGGAGAAUGCAUUGCUCCCCCGCUGGACACCCUGAAACGAGCGGUGAAAGCUGGAGACGGAACCAUCCUAGCCACCUCCCCUCCUUACACCAAAUUCCUCAAAUCCAGCGUUGAUUUUGCCAUUGUGAAUGCAAGUAUGCCAAUAGCUGACAAAUGGGUUCAGGAGUUCUUGAGCCAUGAGAUCCCUUGUAUCUUAUCCGAUUACCUGGUAGAAUAUGUAUGCAAGCCCGGUUAUUCUCUUGAGAAGCACGUUCUUUACAAAACCCAUAAAUGGGCAGAGAAAUCUUUUGCAAAUUUGCUAAGCCGCUCAGAAGAGAUUGUUUCUGAUGAAAUGUCCAGUGAUGAAGGCUUGGGUGAUACUAAAUGUGUGGUUUGUGGGUCUCCAGAUAGGGGAGAAGUGAUGCUAAUCUGCGGCGACGAGGCCGGCGGCCGCGGCUGUGGGGUUGGAACUCACAUAGACUGCUGUGAUCCUCCUCUUGUGAAAGUUCCAGAGGAUGACUGGUUCUGUUCCAGCUGCAGAGAGAAGACCCUGCCUAAGAAUAACAGAGUAAAACGCAAGAAAAGCAACUGAUUAUCAGAACGCAAUAAGGUAAAUCCUAUUGGUUUUUAGCUGUUUAAAUAAUAUGAUUCUGUUCAUUAAACUAGUUUGUUCCUGAACUGAAAUCCUUAUAGGGUUUUUGGUUCCUUAAAUUUGAUUAGGUUGAUUUGUUUAGCUUAAAAGUGCAGCCCUGUUUUAGUUCUAGCGUUGGAAAGUAUGUGGCUUUGUACAUAUUUUGUUUUCCUGUAGGAUUAUUGUUUAUAUGUAUACAUAUAUCAGUGAUGUAAUAUUAGGUUCAUCUUUUUCCUUUAUUUUAGAUUU